AUGGCAGCUCAACAUCUGAGAUGUAGAAACGACAAAUUCACUGCUAUCAAUGAUGACCUUGACGAGACACAGGGUUUGAUGCAGCAAAACAUUCAGAACAUGACGAAAAAUAUUGCCACUGCGGAGGAGCUUGAGGGUCAAACCGACGAGAUGCAAGGUCAUGCAAACGAUUUCAGAAAGGCAUCAACUGAUUUGAAGAGAACGAUGUGGUGGAAAAACAUGAAACUGUGGUUGAUUAUCGGUGGUGUGAUCGCCCUUAUAUUAGUGAUCAUCAUUAUAAUAAUUAUUAUCAUCGCAAAAAGCAAGUCGGGCAAAAACGAUGAUACAACCAAGACAUUGACGUGGUAA